CCGCGCCCGCCCGCGCCCCCGCCCCGGCCCCGGCCGAGCGAUGCUGCUGCUGGCGGCCGCCUUCCUCGUGGCGUUCGUGCUGCUGCUCUACAUGGUGUCUCCGCUCAUCAGCCCCAAGCCGCUGGCGCUGCCCGGGGCGCAUGUGGUGGUCACGGGUGGCUCCAGUGGGAUUGGAAAGUGCAUCGCGAUUGAGUGCUACAAGCAGGGCGCCUUCAUCACGCUGGUGGCACGGAAUGAGGACAAGCUGCUCCAAGCAAAGAAAGAGAUUGAAAAGCACUCUAUUAAUAAUAAACAGGUAGUGCUUUGUAUCUCAGUUGAUGUAUCACAAGACUAUAACCAAGUGGAGAAUGUCAUAAAGCAAGCACAGGAGAAACUGGGCCCAGUGGACAUGCUUGUAAAUUGUGCUGGGAUCGCCCUGGCAGGAAAAUUUGAAGACCUUGAAGUUGGUACUUUUGAAAGGCUGAUCAGCGUCAACUACCUGGGCAGCGUGUACCCGAGCCGCGCCGUCAUCGGCACCAUGAAGGAGCGCCGCGUGGGCAGGAUCGUCUUCGUGGCCUCGCAGGCCGGGCAGCUGGGCCUGUUCGGCUACACGGCCUACUCGCCCUCCAAGUUUGCGCUCCGGGGACUGGCGGAGGCCCUGCAGAUGGAGGUGAAGCCCUACAAUGUCUACAUCACAGUUGCCUAUCCGCCCGACACAGACACGCCCGGCUUUGUGGAGGAGAACAAAACCAAGCCCCUGGAGACUCGUCUCAUCUCAGAGACCACGUCUGUGUGUAAACCGGAGCAGGUGGCCAAACAGAUCGUGAAAGAUGCCAUCCAAGGAAACUUCACCAGCUCCAUCGGCUCCGACGGGUACAUGCUGUCGGCCCUCACCUGCGGGAUGGCGCCCGUCACGUCCAUCACUGAAGGGCUCCAGCAGGUGGUCACAAUGGGCCUGUUCCGAACCAUCGCCCUGUUCUACCUGGGAAGCUUCGACAGCAUCGUCCGGCGGUGCAUGGUGCAGAGAGCGAAAUCACAGAUCGCGGACAAGACGGCCUAACCCUCUCCCUUUGCGCCACGGAGACUCGGGCAUUUGAACAGCUUGCUGCUAAGCGGGAACGCGUUUGGCCUCCAGACACUGAUGCGUUAUUUGGAGCGUGUGAGAGCGGAGCUGGGCUCUGCGGGCGCCCGGCUGCCUGGAGGGGCUGGAGGCGCAGCUCCAGGCCACAUUAAUACUAUGCAAAUCUGCACGGAGAACCUUCCAGGCUCCGGCGGAGGCGAGGUGGAGAGGACGGGGCGCGGGGUUCCCGCCUGGGAGCCGGGCAGGGAGAGCGUCCGGAGGGUCGGCUCAUUUUGUUCUCUGUGCUUCUGGGUUUUGUUUGCUUGUUUGUUUGUUUGUUUCUCCCUUAGAGAUCCAGGCCAGAAAUGUCAUCUCUGACUCAGCAGAGAUUUUGAGGCCUUUUUAAGAAUUUUUUCCACCACUAGUCCCCCUCCCUCGUCCCCCCAUCUGUGAAAGGCAGUUGUGGGGUUUCUGGAACCUUCUUUCCUUUGAACCUAGGGUAUUUUCACCCCAGAGGACUGUCCCGCAGUGCCCCCUGCGCCCUCGGCUGCCGGGGCCCGUGAGGCUCCCGGGUCAGGGGGGAGAGGGCAGGGCAAGGGGAGAGAGUCCCCCGGGCGGAAGAGGCUUGUCUUAGGCCCGCGUGCUGCGGCCCCUCUCACUUGCCACCCACAGAGAAGGCGGUUGUCUCCCUUAGACUGUGUCCACGGAGCAGUAAAUCCUUGGAUCUCGGGGGCCCAAGUAAGGCUCUGCCUUGUUGGCCGCUGACCCGGAUGCGAUGGCUGGCACGGCAUAGGGUCCCACGUAGAGCAGUGGGUAGGGCCUGCCAGGGACGAUCCUGAGCACAGAGCGGAGAGUCAGCCCUGAGGUAUGCCUCUCCUCAGCCCCACAGUCUGACAGCCAGUAACCCCCCACCAACGCCCCAUUCCUGUGGCGGGGCUUCUCCCUGUCUCUCUCCCACAUUCCUCUGGCUCUUCUAUUUUUAUAAGAUGCAAAGGCCUCUUAGGCUUGGGGGUGCCUUUUUAAUCCUUGAUUCAUGAUUUAUUAAACCAAGGGAAACUGAGGCGUGUGUUGUUCUUCUGGGCGCACGGAGGUCACUUCAGGAAGGAUGGUCAGGACUGGAACCCAGGUCAUUCGUGUGCCCGCAGAGGGGACGCGGCUGGUGUGAACGAGGCUCGUUUUGGAGGAGAGCCCGAGUCCUGGCCUCUGUGUGGCCGCCCAGAGCAUCCUCUCCUCACUCUCAGACGGGCCCCGGGUGCUGUCGCUCCCAGACCCAAGGCUGCUCUCCACAGCAAGUGCCUCCAGGGAGUGUCGCCCGGGGCCCGCCCACCCUGUCACCCUGUCGUCCUCUGACUUAGGGGGGGACUUUCCCCGCCAGUGGAACCCGCUGUCCCUCCUCCCGUAUACACACACACUCACACAUUCCGGUUGACUGACUCUGGGAGGGAAAACCCCAGCUUUUGCAAAAGAGACUUUUUAAAAUGAUUUCCCAAACCCCCAACUCUGUGGACGAGUGCAGCCCUAAAGUUGUGUAGCAGACUUCUGUGCUCUUGAGCUUUUUAGCCUCUGCGCUUCAAGAGUGACUCCUUUCCUAACGAACACCGUCCAGCAGGCUCCCAUCAGCAGUGACGAGGCGCUCGCUCUAAUCCGGGGCUGAGAGGAGCGUCCUUGACACGCGGUCAGGUUGUGGUGGUCACCAGUAUUGGGGUUUUAAACUAGGGGGCACCAUCGUGGUUUUUUUGCAAGUCUUUGGUGGCACCAUGGCAGCGAACCAUAUGGGGGUUGGUCCUUGGGGCAGCCCCUGCGGCCAGUGCUUGGCUGCCUUUUGCUAAGUCCAAGAAAGGGGGUCCGCUGCCCUGUGGACGCUUCGCCCUUCUGUUCUUCUCUUACAAAUGCCCCUUGAAGGCGCGAACCUUCCACUGCCGUUGUGUGUGGAAACCGAAUCCACGGCCGUGGCUGUCACCCUGAGGUACCACAGCAGGCGCGUGGCAGGCGCACCUGAGCUUCAGGCCAGCUGUGACCCAAACAGGCGCCAGAGCUCCCGUGGCCCCCAGCCCCUUGCUUGUCAGAGGCCGAAGGGCCUUAGUCUCUGACCCUCUGCUUGGAAAGCUAAGGAGUUUAUUUUUGCUCUUUCUGAAUUUGGUGCCAUGUUUUUUUUGUUAGCAACUCCUGACUUGAACAAACACGAGAUGAAUUCAGUUUUAUUUUUUGGUUUUGUUUUUUACCACUUCAUGAACUAUUGGUUAAUUUUACCCAAAGAACCGACUGCCAUAGGUUUGACCCUAGGGACUGUCCCCAGCCAGGGCUACUUUGUAAUGUCGCCUCCCCUUCAGAACCCCAAGUCUAGAUUCUAAGUACGUCUGACCUGAGGGUUUUUGAAGAAGGGACUUUAGACAUUUAAGCAGGUUCAUACAAUGAUCUGAUUUUAUUCAAGAGAUGGAAAUAUUACAAGGUAAAUUCUGAUUUUUUUUUAUAGUGGAGAUAAAAUCUUAUAUAACUUUGUCUGUGUAGGGGAAAAAAAUAGAGCCUCAAGUCAGAUUAUUAAAGUAGAAUAUUGGUUGUUUUGUUUUUGUUGUCUUUUUUUUUUUUUAAAGGAUUGCUUUGAUUUAGCACUUUUGUAUCGUACCCAGAACUGGGUGUUACCUGUAGCAGAAGUUGAUUGCAGUUUUGUGGGAGUGUUCUGUGUGUGACCAGUAACUUUGCUGAGCGUGCAAGCUGCAGCCCUGAAGUGCCUGCCUCUGCUGGGUGUGGGUGUGUUGUGUUAUUCUGAUGUAUUUGUGGAUAUAUUUAUUUUAAAAUGUUUACUCUCACUCAGCCAUAGAAAUUCCAAAAGUCAUUCAAGGACCCUUCAUAAUUUAAAAAAAAAAAGAUACAGAAAAUCCUCUUUUUUUUUUUUUUAUAAAAACUAAGUCAAGGAAUUAUUCUUUUCUUUUUUUUUAAUUUUUACUUUUCUCAAUUUGAAAAUAGAAUUUGAAAUGCUAUUGAUAGUGGUCUUCUGACAUUAAAGCUAAUUACAUAUGCUUCGUUAUAAAUCUUUAUCUGGAUCUGUUAAACCGUCAGUUGUUGACACUUGGGAGUGAAACUUUGAAAGACCGUUUCUAAUAUUUAGAUGACAAAAGCAUUUUGUUAAUAGUUGCUUCAAUUCAAAGAAUUGUAUGUCUUUGUCUUUCUAGAAGAAGACAACACCCUGAUCAUUUUUAAAAACGGAAUUAUAUCAUCAGCAACUUUCAUGUUAUUACAUCAUGCUCUAAUUUAAACACGUCUUACUCACUUGAGGCCCCUUUUACAUAUUCAUGCAUUUGGACAUAAGAUGCUUUGUAUCUUACUUCCUUUAAUUCUAGUAAUUCAGCUUUAAAAAUUACCUACUAGCCAUAACUUCCAUAUUCUGGACCGAAUCUUGAAAUUGAGCUCAAUGCAGCGACAGUAGAUCUGAUAUUUUGACGAGGAGCGAAUAGCUAUUCCAUUUGACCGAUGUGACAGCUCUAAUGAAAUUUUCAACUGAUAAGAGUGCUCACAGCUAUUUUGAUAUAUAUUAGAAUUUGUGUUUGCUAUUUUAGAUGCUUUUGUGGCAGGAUUGUAACCUAAUUUUCAUAUCUUGUACUUCUACACUACAAAAAAAUAAAUGGGGAACAAGCUUUA